AUGGUUUCCUUCAGCACCAGCACCGCCGCCGCCUUCCUGUCCCUGAUGACGUUGCUCGCCGGCAGCGCCAGCGCCAAGAGAGCCACCCCGAUGGAGCGGCGGCAGACGUACGCGACCACGGUGUCGGCGACCUUCAUCGGCGCGGCCGACGCGCAGUACACGCUGGCGAUCCCCGCCAACAGCGAGUGGUUCCCGACCGACAACCCGCUGAGCGUGUCGCACAUCCAGACCGCGCCUGGCGCCGAGUGCGCCUUCUUCGGCAUCGACGGCGCCGUCAUCACCCUGCCCGCCUACGGCGGCGAGGUCGACGUCGGCCCGCCCCAGACCAUCGCCGGGGGCGUGUGCGGCCCCUUCCCCGGCCAGAAUUAUGGCAUGUGGUGA